AUGUACGUCAGCUCGUCCAGCCUGUCCUUCGUCGGGCUGGAGCAGUGGUUGGCCUUUGUAUGUGCUAUGCGAUGGGUGCAGCUGGUGUACGCUCUCCGGGCGUUCGAGUGCUUCGGCCACCUCCUGCUGCCGAUCACCCAGUCGCUGGCCCCCACGCUCGGGAUCUUCUGCAUCACCGUGUUCGUGUUCGUGGGGUUUAUGCACGCCUUCAUGGCAUUCGACGUGCGCCUCGACGCGCACGGCGCCAGACUGACGACGGUCAUCGCCACGUUCCGUUUCCUCUUCCUGGGCGACGGGCAGGGCAGCGGCCGCGGUCGGAGUCUGGGCCUCGAGAUGGGGUCGAACUCGUUCUGGGACCAGGAGAGGCUGGCCAUCUGCAUCCACUACAUGUUCCAUCCGUCCUGCCCCCGCAGGCGCCCCGCGGAUGGCCAGAGUUCCGCGCCUCUCCCGUGGUGGUGGCGCGCCGCCACCUGCGCGGCCAUUUUGGUGCUGGCCGCCACCCUAGUGGAGCGGGGGUGGGACGAGGCGGCCCAGAUGGAGCCCGAGGCCGGCCUGCAGGCCCUCGCCGCGGGGGGCGCGGAGUCCGAGGUCGCGGCCGAGGCGGCCCUGGCCGCGCCAAUGCCCGCCGCGGCCGUGGCGGUGGCGCUGUGCGUCGGGCUGGCCGGGCUGUGCUGGCUCCGGCGCGCGGGCGCGGCCGGCGGCGGCGACAAGGGCCCUGACGCCUUGGGCACGGAGGAGCUGCGGCGCCGGCGCCUGGAGGCGCUGGCGGCGAGGCCGGCGGCCAGCGCCGAGGGCGGCGCUGGGGGCGCGGCGGGGGCGGCCAGCGGCGGCGGCGGCCCCGAGCGGGGGGGCGGCGGCGGCGACAGCCCCGUCGGCCGCCCCGCCGCGGCGUUCGCCGUUCAGGUCCGGGGUUUCGUGGACGGCUGCUCCCGCACGCAGAGCGUUGGCGGCCUCGCGGCCGCCAUGAGCGUGGGCCAGCUGCAAGACGCUGUCGCCGAGGCGUUCGGCCCCGCGGCGGCUGGGCGGCGGCCGCGUCUGUUCCUGGGGGCCCAGGAGCUGGAGGAGCAACAGGCUUCUGCAGAGGCUAUGUUGGGUUCCGCCGAAAGGUACCGCAAAGGUAUCGCAGAGCUAUGA